AUGCGCACAGCUGUGCGUGAUACUGUCCUCCCCCGAGGUGGCGGCCCAGAUGGACUGGCGCCAUUGUUCGUUCCGAAGGACACUCCCGUCCGUUGGUCGUCGCAUAGCCUUCACAGGAGAAAGGACGUCUAUGGCGAAGAUGCCGACGAGUUUCGACCCGAGAGAUGGGAAGGGUCUUUGAGACCAUUGUGGAGCUAUGUCCCUUUCAGUGGUGGUCCAAGAUUCUGUCCUGGCCAGCAACUCGCCCUGACGCAGCUGUCAUACCUCCUCGUCCGGCUUUUCCAGGCAUUUGAGAGCAUCGAGGCGUGCGAUGCCCUGCCAAUGAGGCUGAAGAUAGGCACUGGAUCGAGCCUGGUAGAUGGAUGCUGGCGCCUCCACGCGACCGUUUCAAGGGCGAAGUAUGCGUUCCCGUUCACCUUCGCGCGGCCGAGAUCGCUCACGCACGCGAUCUCCCGCGCCGCGCUCUGCCUAUUCGCGUUCUCCAUCCCUCUCACGCUCACGAUCAAGAACCCGCUCGCCUCCUCGGAGACGGCGCAAUCCGACAGCCGCAGCUUGAGUCGAGGGCGCAAUGGCAGGGCGGGCAGCGAAGAUCCGUUGGCUGGCAAUACCAAGAUUGUCGUAGAACGUCUGUCGAAGACUAUCAACGAGGACCAUCUGUACGAGAUCUUUGGAAUCUAUGGUCGCAUCACUGACCUGGAUCUCCCGAUUAACCGUUCUUCAAAUACCAACCGCGGCACGGCCUAUAUCCUCUUCGAGCGUGUGGAAGACGCUGAAUCUGCUGUUGCCCAUCUGCACGAAGCCCAGCUCGUCGCGGAGCGAACAUCGACCCUCGAGUACCUUUUGGAGGUGGCCGUGGCGGUGGCCCUGCAGGACGUGGCGGAGCUGCUCGUCGGCGCCCUUCACCUGGUGGUGGUCGUUUCGGCGGUCGUGGAGACGCUUAUCGACCAGGCACACAUUCGCCUUCAAGGUCAAGCAUUGUCGGUGGAGGACAUCGGUACCGAAGUCACUCCCGUGGGUCUGCAGACUCCCGCUCCCGGUCACGUUCUCCCCGCAGGCGUGGCGGCGGCUGCGGUGGUGAUCGCUAUGACGAGCGCGACAGAAUGCGCCGGACUCGCAGUCGAAGCUACAGUAUGGACAGCCGCGAACGAUCAAUGA